AGCCUGACUAUAAACCAACUUUGAAGAUGGCAGCCGCCAAAUACCAGUCUUCUAAAGAAACCACAAACUUCGCCCGGAUUUGCAGGCUGGUCAUUGAUGUCAUCCCUGACUUAUUGCGAGAUUUGCUCAUCACCCGACUGCCACCAUCAGGACUCGCUCAUGUACUUACCAACCUGAAAGGUCAGGUCAUCUCGAUGAAUAAACAACAAAAGAAGAUUCUGUAUCCUCAGGGUGGGCUGUUUCAAGGUUCUGUUAAGGAUUUGGACACAUCACUUCUUUACAUCCUACUUAGAAACCUUGGAAAUAUUUCACCUCAUCAGAAUGGUUGGGGGAAUGUACCGGAUAUAGCAGACAGAUCUCUGUCAGCAAACAUCGACCGUCUACGUGAGCAGCGCAAUGAGGCAUAUGCACAUGCACCCAAUGCCUCCCUUUCUGAUGGAGAUUUUCAGACUAGGUGGGGCAUCAUCCGCCAAAGUGUGGAGGAAAUACAAAAUAGUGAACUGAAGACAGGGUUGUUUGUGAAGGCAGUGGAUGAUAUACUUACCAUGAGGAUGGACCCCAGUACAGAAAAUUUUAUAACACUUAUAGCACAGAUCGAAGGGGAGAUCAGUGACAUCAAAGAUAUUACAGCAGAUGUGGAUAACCUCAAAGGGAACAUGGCUGGUAUGUCUGUCAAACAGGACGCCAUGCAAACAGAUAUAGCUGGUAUGUCUGUCAAACAGGACGCCAUACAAACAGAUAUGGCUGACCUUCAGGGGAACAUGGCUGGUAUGUCCGUCAAACAGGACGCCAUACAAACAGAUAUGGCUGGGAUGUCUGUCAAACAGGACGCCAUACAAACAGAUAUGGCUGACCUUCAGGGGAACAUGGCUGGUAUGUCGGUCAAACAGGACGCCAUGCAAACAGAUAUGACUGACCUUCAGGGUCACAUCGGAGAGGAAUUUGGUGCUGUCAGGGAUGAAUUUGGUGCCGUAGUUGGUGCUGUCAGGGACGAAUUUGGUGCUGUGAAAGAACAACUUAACAUAUCAGCAAACAGGGGCAGGGAUACCAAGUUGUCAGCUUUGAUAGAAACAACCACUGCCAGGAUAAUGAACGAAAAAGAAUACGAGUACACUCCUACCAAAAGUUUCUUCGAUGCUCGCAAGAAGUUGAUGAAGAACAGAGUUGUUGUAAUUAAAGGGAACAGUGGAGAUGGGAAGACAUCCAUUGCCCUUGAACUUCUCCGUCGGGUGUGCUAUAAUGAGGAGGGACAACAACGUCGACAGCCACUAGAACUGCAUGAUAUCAAAGACUUGGAUUAUGUGACCCCAAAGUCACAAUUAGUUAUUUAUUUAGAUGAUAUUUUUGGGAAGAAUGUUGUGUGUAAACAAGAUGUGGAAGAAUGGGAGAAAAGAGUAGAAUCUGUCGUAGAAUCAAAACUUUGUGGAAAUGAGCAUGCCGAGGGCAAUUUUCUCAUGAUUACAAUUCGCAGUGGAAUUUUUAAUUCUUUAGAUAAAUCUUGCUUGGAAAAAGUUUUUACUGAACAAAACAUUGUUGACCUUAACAUAGAUGCAAAAGAAAAACUGGAAUUGUUAAGUUUGUACAAACCAAAAGAUAAUUUUGUUUCAUGGAAAGAAAGUGAAGAGAAGGAAAUUGUCAAGUGUGCUCCUGACUUUGGGUUUCCACAAUGCUGUAGGUUGUUCAGAGAUUCACCUGCUUUGCAAACAGAGAGGGUCAAUUUUUUUAAAAGACCUUUUCAUUCUCUGAAAUCUUCAUUAUCUAAAUUGAAAGACGGAAAAUGUUAUGGUCUGAUGUAUUUGUUCCUUAAUGGAGGGAAAGUCAUGGAAGAUGAUUUAGACUCUCACAAUAAAAAUAUUGAUCAGAAUGUAUUAAAAGCAGCAUUUAAAGAUGAUGUAGUGGAAGUUAACCCAACAACUGAGCUUGUUUACAAUAAGGGGAGGAAAAUAGAAUUUGUGAAGAAGUCGUUAGAUAGUCUGUUGGGUUGGCUGGUGAAAAAAGAGCCUAACGACGAACAAAGAGUUUGUUACCAAUUCAAUCAUGACUCCAUUGAGGAAACUCUGGCACUUUUGUAUGGAGAAAAAACUCCCAUUGGCUACAUACAGAAUUGUCCCUGCAGGUUUCUCAGUUAUGUAACUACCUCAAAAACCACUCCAAACAAAGUAGUUAUAUCAUCUGAUAAUCAGUACGAUGCCAUGUAUGAACGUUUACUUGGAGAGUUUGAAUCUGUCUAUUCUACUAUAACUUCAUUUGAUGUUUGGACAGAUAUUCAGUUUCUGCAGGGAUUUAUCAGAUGGCUAAGUGGUCAGAAUGUUGACAAAAACUUCAAUGAAAUAAAGCUUGCCUUGUUAAAUGGAGCAUGUUUUUCUGGUUCGGAAGAAUGUGUUUUAUUCCUCCUGUCGGAGGAUGUGAAACCUGAGAUAGAGACACUGUUUUAUGUGGUAGAGGGAGGGAGAGUGAAUAUAUUAUACAAAGUGGAGGGAAUUAUACUUCAGUCCUUGUAUAAAGAUAAGUGUGAGACAGUAGAAGGUCGUGUGGUGCAUAGAAAUUGUGUGUUUGCUCAGGACAUGUGUCAGUUAAUGAAUGAGAGGGGGAAUACAUUGUUACAUUAUA